AAAGCUUGUUCUUUCAACAUAAGCAAUUUUUGCUUAAAGGAAAUUUGGCAAAGUUCCCAUCCACACUUAAUAAUUAACCCCGGGGAGUUGUUAUUAAGUCGUGAGUAAGUGGAAUCAAAUAGGCCUGGGAACAAGUUAAACCAAAAAAAAAAAAAAAAUUGAAAAAUUAAAAAUUUACAAAAAAAAAUCAUAAUCUCUUUGUGUUAUAAGUAUGCUCUGUGGUUGCGGUUUAUAACUGAUCUUCCACAUCAGAAAUUUGUCUUUGUGAAAUUUGUGUGUUAUUGGUGUUUCUUUGUGAAAUUUGUGACAUUGCAUGCAUCAUUGGCAACGUGAUUCUAAAAAUCGUUUGGUAAAAAGAGUAGUAACUUUAGGUGAAAUUGAAAGUGUUUUUGAAAAAUUAAGCAUAAUGGAACAAGAACCUAAUAUUGCCCAAGAAAAAACACUACUUGAAUAUUUUUCACCUAUUUCAUCUAAUGCUCCAUCAUGCAUUGUUUUGCCUACUACUAAUGCCACUCAUUUUGAACUUAAACCUUCAAUCAUUCAAUUGUUGCCUUCUUUUUAUGGUUUAGAAAGAGAAGACCCUUACAUGCAUGUAAAAGAUUUCUUAGAUAUUUGCUCAACUUUUCGUUUUCAAAAUUUUUCGGAUGAAUCGGUUAAGCUUAGGUUGUUUCCUUUCUCUUUAAAAGAUAAAGCCAAAGCUUGGUUAAACUCACUUCCAACCGGAACCAUAACCACUUGGGAACAACUUUUUAAUAAAUUUCUUGCCAAAUUUUUCCCCAUGUCCAAAACUGAUAAUUUAAGAAGAGAAAUCUCUGAAUUUUAUCAAAAAGAUAAUGAAGAAUUUUAUGAAUGUUGGGAAAGAUUUAAAGAUUUAUUAUUAAAAUGCCCCCACCAUGGUUUUGAAAAAUGGAGACUUGUAAAAUAUUUUUAUGAUGGUUUAACCCCUUCCAACCGACAAAUGAUUCAAUCUAUGCAUACCGGAAAAUUUUUGAAAUUACAAGGGCAAGAGGCUUGGGAAGCUCUUGAAGAAUUAUCUGUUAAUUCACAACAAUGGAAUUAUUCUGAGCCUAGGUCUAGAGCAAAUAAUUCACCCAAAAGAGGAGGAAAAUAUGAAAUUAAAGAAGAAACUGAUUUGAGAACAUCUUUUGAAAAAUUAGCAAGAAAAGUAGAAGCCUUAGUCAUAAGUCAAAAUAUGAAUUCUCAUGUUCAACCUAAAAAAGAUGUUUUUGCUAGUACUUGUCAUAAUGAUCAAUCAUGUCCUUCUUUUCUUGAAACAUUUUCCGAAGAGGCUAAUGCAUUACAUUCAUAUGGUAAACCAAAUGAUAGCCCAUAUUCAAACACAUACAAUCCUAAUUGGAGAAACCAUCCCAAUUUUUCAUGGAGACAAAACCAACCACAAAUGAACCAAGGAAACCAAUUCAACAUGCCAAAUCCGAAUCAUACCCAACCAAGUCAACCUUACCCUCCACAAAGAAAGCCUUCCUUAGAAGACACUUUACAACAAUUCAUGCAAUCCACCCAACAAAUUAUGCAAAAUCAAUCUCAAUCCAUUGCCAAACUUGAGACACAAUUGGGUCAACUUGCCAAUGCCGUAACUGAGAGAGAAAAAGGGAGAUUUCCUAGUCAACCCGUCCCAAAUCCUAAAAGCCAAUAUGAAGUAGGAGUCCCAAGUCAUAAAGAAGAAGCCAAGUCUAUUUCAACACUUAGGUCCGGAAAACAAAUUGCCAAACCCGAUUACACACCUCAAGUAAAAAAAGACCAAAUCCAACCUCAAAGUUCCAACACAAAUGACUUGUCAAAAGAUAAUGAUCAAAUUCUUCAUUCCAUUCCAAAAGCUCCUUUUCCACAAAGAUUACUUCCACUCAAAAAAGGCAAUCAAUAUAGUGACAUCUUAGAAGUGUUCAAACAAGUAAGUAUCAACAUCCCAUUCUUAGAUGCCAUUAAACAAAUUCCUGCCUACUCCAAAUUCUUGAAAGACCUUUGCACUGUUAAAAGAAACACUAAUGUUCCAAAAAAGGCAUUUUUAACUGAACAAGUUAGCUCCAUAAUUCAAUAUAAAAGCCUUGUGAAAUAUAAAGAUCCUGGUUGUCCAACAAUUUCAUGCAUCAUUGGUGAUCAUUUUAUUAACAAAGCUUUACUUGAUUUAGGAGCUAGUGUGAAUUUAUUGCCUUAUUCUGUUUAUAAGCAACUUGGUCUAGGAGAAUUAAAACCAACUUCUAUAACACUUCAAUUAGCUGAUCGUUCAGUGAAAAUUCCUAGAGGUAUUAUAGAAGAUGUUUUAAUUAAAGUGGAUAAGUUCUAUUUUCCUGUUGAUUUCAUUGUUCUUGACACUCAACCUGUUGAAAAUGCUCAUGCUCAAAUACCCAUCAUUUUAGGUAGACCAUUUUUAGCUACAUCUAAUGCAAUUAUCAACUGUCGUAAUGGUGUAUUGAAAUUAUCUUUUGGAAACAUGACUGUUGAAUUGAAUGUUUUUAAUGUUGCUAAAUCUGUUGAGUGUGAGGAAAUACAUGAAGUAAACAUGAUUAACACGGAAAAUAUGUUUGAAAUGGACAUGAAUGAAUCUUUUGAAACUUAUGCAAAAAUGUUUGGAAUGUGUUUAAAUGUUGAUGAUUUUAUUCAUGAUGUCAAUUCUUUGCUUGAAUCUACCCCAUUAAUGGAUACUGAAAAAUGGAAAGCCAAAAUUGAACCAUGUAUUCCAUUAGAGCAUGUUGAGUCAACUCCUGAACCACCAAAGUUAGAUCUCAAACCUUUGCCCGACACUUUGAAAUAUGAAUUUCUAGGAGAGUCUAACACUUAUCCCGUUAUCAUUGCAUCUGAUUUAGAUGAAAAACAAGAAACAAAGUUGUUAGAUAUCCUUAGAAAACAUAAAAAGGCCAUAGGUUGGACCAUGGGAGACAUUAAGGGAAUUAGCCCAAAUUCG